AUGAUUUGUUUUCUGGUAGCCGCCUUGGUACUCCUUGUUGUUGUCGACGGAGCCAAACCCACCCGGCCAAAUAUCCAAGCUCAUUCCAAAUAUAAUCCAAAACGGGCACGACAGCUUCCGGCAGAUACUGUAGGCGUAAAGACGCUCACUACACCUCAAAAUAUUACAAUUCGGUAUAAGGAACCAGGCAAAGAAGGUGUCUGCGAGACCACACCAGGUGUCAAUUCUUACUCCGGAUACAUUGAUCUUGAUGAGAACUCACACACCUUCUUUUGGUUCUUCGAGGCAAGACACAAUCCAAAGGAGGCACCCAUUACACUCUGGUUAAAUGGUGGCCCAGGCUCGGAUUCGAUGAUAGGACUUUUCGAAGAACUCGGUCCCUGCUCUAUCACCAAGAACCUCACUUCCCAAAUCAACCCGUAUUCUUGGACAGAAGUUUCUAACAUGCUCUUUCUCUCACAACCCCUUGGUGUUGGGUUCUCAUAUUCACAGGAAGAGCCAGGAAGCCUGAACCCAAUUACAGGCGUUGUGGAAAAUGCAUCUUUUGCAGGGCCCCAAGGAAGAUAUCCGGUUAUCAAUGCCACUGCGAUAGAUACUACUGAACUAGCAGCUGUUGCAGCAUGGCAUGUGCUUCAGGGGUUCCUUGGAGGCCUACCCCAGCUUAAUCCAAAUACGCAGUCGAAGGAAUUCAACCUCUGGACCGAAAGUUAUGGUGGUCAUUACGGGCCUGCAUUCUUCGAUUAUUUCUAUGAGCAGAACGAGUUGAUCGCCAAUGGCACUAGCCAAGGAAUCCAGCUCAACUUCAACACACUUGGCAUAAUCAACGGAUUGAUUGAUGAAGCUAUUCAAGUUCCCUACUACCCUGAGUUUGCUGUAAACAAUACCUAUGGAAUUGUCGCCUACAACGAAACUGUGUAUAACUACGCCAAAUUUGCAACCCAUAUGAUUGGUGGAUGUUUAGAUCAAAUAGAGUCAUGCAGGAAGACAAAUAGAAGCGCACUCGCAGAUUUUGCGAUAUGCACUGAAGCAGCGAACUUAUGUAGAGAUAAUGUCGAAAGCGUUUACUAUUCCUAUGGCGGCCGCGGCGCUUAUGAUAUCAGGCACCCCCUUGAUGACCCAACUCCAGAGAGCUAUUACGCUAACUAUCUGAAUUUGGCAUCGACUUCGGCCGCACUAGGUGUGGAUCUCAAUUAUAGCUCGACUUCUAACGAUGAUGUCUAUUUCGCUUUUCAGCAGACUGGCGAUUUCGUUUUCCCUGAUUUUAAGGAAGACCUGGAAAAAAUCCUGAACAACAGCGUCCGAGUUGCUCUCAUUUAUGGCGACGCGGAUUAUAUAUGCAAUUGGUUUGGUGGUGAGGCAGUUUCUCUCGCAGUCAACUACACCAAUAAGAAAGAAUUCGCCGCGGCCGGAUACGAUCCUUUUAUUGUUGACAGCACCGAGUACGGCGAAUCUGGUCACGAAGUGCCAUACUAUCAACCUAAAGCCAGUCUAGAGAUGUUUAGGCGCACACUUCUGGGCUUGGAUGUGGCCAAUGGGAAGGGAAAAAUCACUGGGAACUUCUCAAGUCCCGGUCUCGCUCAUGCGACUCAUACGGAGCCAUUCGUGCCAUUACCAUCAUCGACAAGCUCGGCUGCUGCGUCAAGUUCAAGCUCUGUUGUUAAGGGACGUCCACGUAUUCCGCGGUCGUAA